CAGAUGUGGAAUGAUGUGGCCAUGGCUUUUGCAGCUGCUGAUUCCAGGUGCCUCGGGGAAAGUGGCAGUUGUGAGCCUCGCCACCAACGACUACUACGCGAAGGGCGCCUUUGUGGCGUUGCACUCUGCAGGGCUCCACUCAGGUGUGGACGUGGACAGGCUUCUGCUUGUUCCUGCCUCCAGCAAAAUCUCUUCCGACUGGCUGCGCCGUUUCGAACGACUCAAUAUCAAGGUGGUAGAUGUGCCAGAUGUGCUGCCCAGCUCUGUGUUGCAAGCGGCCAUGGAGGCUGAGCGCCAGAGACUGCAACAGCAGGGGAUCUUGGAGAUCUUGCAACCCAUGCCCUACGGCGGUGCCUUUGCCAAGGUACACGCAUGGGAUCCAGCUUUGGGCUACGAGAAGAUCCUGUUGUUGGAUGGGGAUCUGCUGGUGAAACGCCGCCUCCGACCCCUACUGCGCCUUGAGCCGGUGAGUGCUGGGAAGGACCUGAAUGAUGCAUUCAACUAUGGUGUGGUAGUGCUGAAGCCAGAUGCAGUCAUCCAUGCAGGUUUGGUCAAGCUGUUGAUGCACGCCUCUGAAGAUGACUUGCGCCGUUACAAUACUCGGAAAAGCAGUGAGGUUGGCCUUUGCGACCAGACCUUGGUUGCUGGAUAUGUGGCGGAGAAGACGUCGCUGCACUUUUUUGAGGAAGCGCGGACCAAAGAUGCUGGCACUCCAAAGUUGAUGUCCAGCGAGUUCAAUUUAGUGGUAUCCUACAGGGCCAAGGACCGAUGUGAGGAUCCACGGGAACGACGACAGAUCGACAAGGCUCGACUUGUGCAUUUUGCAAACCAUUGGUUGAACUUCGAGGCUCUCAUUGAAAAUCGCGAAGCACCUGGGCGCGUAGAUAGCCCCAGAUGUUAUAAAGCCGCGUUUCGAUAUUGGCACGACAUCUAUCACCACGGCCUUCAGCUCUCCCAGUUGGCCGAAACAGAUCCACCGGUUUUGCCUCGAUACAAAGCCAUGGAGCCACAGGAGGAUGGCAUGGCGACGCCGGAUGAUGUGAAAGACAUGUUCCUCAGUUUCCAGGACAUCAAAUCAAACUUCUCAAAUUCCCGAGGUCAAGACGGCUCCAAAGAUGUUGAGCUGUGAGCAUUUGAAGCACUGUGAUCCGAAACCUGAGCGUCAAAAUGUGACGGGAAAAAA